AUGCCGCCGAAGCAGGCCACAUUGGGUUCCUUCUUUAAGCUCCCACCCGGAACGAAGCCCCCAGUCAAAGAGCAGGCCAAGCUCUCAUUCACAACGAAAGCGAAGAAGAAGACAGAAAAUGAUACCACUGAAUCCUCACCGGCCGUUACCAAACCCGAAAAAAAGCAAAAUGAUGAUGUUGAAAUGACAGACGAUACCGUACCGGAGAAAGAUAGUAGUAGUGAAGUCGCAAAAACUUCAAGAAAGAGAAAAUCUCCUGAACCGGAGACGGAAACCGCAAAAUCGGCUGUACAUGAUGGGAAUGUAGACGAUGACGAACCUAUUGUGAAACGGAAGAGGGGUAGAGCAACCAAAACAAUAGAGUCCUCGCCGGAGCCUGAACCAGAGUCUGAAGCUAUCGAAGAACCGACAGCCAAGAAGAGCAAGAAGGGAAGGAAGUCUAAGUCCGACGAUCAAACCGAAAGCAAGAAGAAAACUUCUAUGAGUCCUAAGUCGAAACGGAAAUCUAAAUCACCGUCACCUUCGGCUGCUGUUGAUAAGCUCACACUCGAGCAAGAGGAAGACGCUGCAGCUUCAGCUUCGGACGCUGAAGCGCCUCUACGAGCGGACUCGGAGGACGAGGACCGAUCUACCUUGGUCAAGAAAGCUGAACAAAUCAAGCAGCUAGUUGGCUCGAAGAAACACCCGUACCCGGAUUGGAAAGAAGGAGGGUCGGUUCCUUAUGCAGCUCUCUGCAAAACGUUCGAACUGAUCGACCAGACUAGAAAACGUCUAGAAAUCACCGCGCAUACAAGCCUCUUCCUACAACAAGUUCUCAGGUUGAGCCCCAAGGAAUUUCUAACAGUGGUCCACCUCAUGUUAAACAGGCUUGCAGCAGACUAUAUGGGCGUGGAACUCGGUAUCGGCGAGUCUCUGAUCAUGAAAGCCAUCUCAGAGUCUACAGGGCGAAGCAUGGACAAACUCAAAUCCAUGCAGUCUGAAGUUGGUGAUUUGGGCUUACUCGCAUAUCAGAGCCGAAACGCCCAACCAACAUUAUUCAAACCUCUACCAUUAACUGUCGACAAGAUAUUUCAGGGCUUGUACAAAGUGGCAACGACUAAGGGAGAUGGAGCCAUGGGGCUUAAAGUCGCAGAAAUCAAGAAGUUACUGGCAGCAUGCCAAGGCGAGGAAGCCAAGUUUCUGGUGAGAGGAUUAGAGGGGAAACUACGAUUAGGACUUGCGGAAGCGACCGUUCUUCAAGCUACAGCUCAAGCCAUGAUUACACAUGAGAAGACAAAAGAGGGAAAGAUCGCGAAGGCAUCGGAUCUAGUAGCUGCGGAAGACGUUCUGAAGGAAGUUUUCAGCGGUCUACCUAGUUAUGAAGUUGUCAUCCCUGCGAUGGUUGAACAUGGUAUUAUGAAUCUAAGGGACCACUGCACUAUGCAACCAGGAGUACCACUGAAACCUAUGCUUGCCAAACCGACGAAAUCGAUCUCGGAAGUCCUAGACCGAUUUGAGGACAAAAAGUUCACCUGUGAGUUCAAGUACGACGGCGAGAGAGCACAAAUUCACUAUGUCAGCAAAACAACAACGGAGAAAUACGCAUCAACAUCGGCCGAUCCGAAGAAGGGUUUGGCUGCGAUCUUCUCGAGAAACUCGGAGGACUUAAGCACAAAGUACCCAGACAUUCUAGCCGUUCUAGAUCAAUGGGUGGCGGAGGGUACGACGAGUUUCAUUCUUGACUGCGAGACAACUGCCGUAGACAAGGAUACUGCCAAAUUGUUACCGUUCCAAACCCUCCAGACUCGAAAGAGAAAGGACGUUGCCGUCGAGGAUGUAACAGUCAAGGUCUGUGUAUAUGCAUUUGAUUUAUUAUUCUUGAACGGCGAAGCCCUCGUGCAUAAGUCUUUGACGGAACGACGUCUGGCUAUGAGGAAGGCAUUCAACGAAGUAAAGGGCGAAUUCGCGUAUGCGCGAUUUUCAAAUACCGAUCAAGUCGAUGAGAUUCAAUCGCUCCUGGAAGAGAGUGUGAAGAGUCAGUGCGAAGGUCUAAUGGUCAAGAUGCUUGACGGUGAAGAAAGUUACUAUACACCAAGUAAACGAAGUCAUAAUUGGCUCAAGAUCAAAAAGGACUAUCUCGCUGGCACGGGCGAUUCUCUUGAUCUAGUCGUUCUCGGCGCCUACCAUGGCAAAGGCAAACGUACCUCCGUUUAUGGCGCUUUCCUCUUAGCUUGCUAUAAUCCUUCCAGCGAGCAGUAUGAAACGAUCUGCAACAUCGGAACCGGUUUCUCUGAUGAAGUUCUUGCAAAUCUCCACAAACAACUUGAACCGCAUAUUAUCGCCAAACCCAAACCAUAUUACUCACACUCUACGGUUGCAAAGGAUCAACCGGAUGUAUGGUUUGAGCCCCAAGUCGUCUGGGAGGUCCUUUGCGCCGAUCUUACAUUGAGUCCGAGGUAUAAGGCUGCCGCCGACAGCGUCGAUGCUAACGGCAAGGGAGUCAGUUUGCGAUUCCCCAGGUAUAUUCGAGAUAGAGACGAUAAGAAACCGGAUGCGGCUACAACCGCAAGACAGGUGGCGGAGAUGUAUAGGGCGCAGGAUAGUGUUUCCGGGUCCGCGAAGAAAGGUGGUGUGGACGAUGAUUGGGAGUAUUAG